GACAUGGACGUGCUAUUGAAGCAUUAGAGGCUGCAGUUAAAGACUAUGACUUGAACAGCUGUAACUUUGAGAAUAUUGUACAUAAUGUGAAAAAUAUGCUCACUGAUAGAUACUGUGAAUGGAUCCAACAGGUCACCAUGCUUACACCUGUCCUCCGUGCAAUAUUGGCACAUACACGUGUUGCCAAGAGUGAACAUAUCCCUAGAACCAACUUGUAUCCUGAUGAUGUAUCAAGGUUUGGUUUAAUUAUGGCUGAUGCAUCUCAAGACCCUAUGCUCCAAAAUUGGCGGUUUGCAUAUUAUAUGGAAGAGCAAACCAAGAACGACCCAUUAAUACCACCAGGGGCUCAAUUCAGUGACAUGCAUUAUGGUGCACGCCACAAUUUUGGUGAACUCAAAUUUUUGAAUAUGCCACUACAAUUAAUAAGAGCAACUCAUCGUGUGGAUACAAAGUCCAGUGAAAAUACAACUAUGAUCAUACAGUGUGAGCAGGGCUCUGUUGAUGUCUUUAAGGGUCACUACUGUGUCAUUAAUGCUGCAGGAGCACCUUCCGGCGACGUUUUCUGUGGUAUCAAUCUGUAUCCAGAUAAAAAAAUUACGGAAGUUUAUCGGGCAAAGCUUCGAGCAACCAAAAAACAGAAUGUGUCAAAUCUAUUUGAAGAAGAGCGACGGAAAGCAACCAACAUAGAUCAUGAUGUUUUUUUGCUAUAUACAACUGGAAAUUGCAGUGAUAUCAUAAUCCCUCCGGGUUCCGCCGUUGUGGAUGUGAAUAAUUGGAAUUCAUACUUUGGUCCUUUUGCCGGAAGGACUUUUUCUUAUGGAACAGUGGACCAACCGAAUGCAAAUAAUGCAUUACUCUGGCAACUUACAGGAAUUCAUGGAAUAAGUGAAAAGCGCGCACACUUGCUGAUUAAAAAGCGUCCCAUGAUAGUAUUGAGAACUGCUAUAGAAAAACGAAAAUACCAAAAAGAUUCUCCAAUCAUUAGAUUUUAA